UAUCAAUGCACAUUAUGUAUUCUCAGAUAUCUCAGAACAACCAACAAUCAUGCAAAUUACUGUGAAAGCAUUUACGAAGGACGAGAUCCGUCGGUUUGAUCUUGUGGGGACAAAGUUUGCAGCUAUGCAUCAGCAGAUACAAGAUAUCUUCCCAGCAUUGAAUUCAAGAAAUGAUUUUACCCUCUCCUGGAAAGAUGAGGAUGGAGAUGAAGUUAACUUCUCCAGUGAUGCAGAGCUGUCGGAUGCCAUCAACUAUAUGCAACUCCAGCCAGAUAACAAGAACCUGAUGCGUGUGUAUGUUAAAGUCCCUGAGGCCGUCGACGCAUGCGAUGGGUCCGGAGCGGAACAUGUGGGCGUGGUGUGUGACGCAUGCGAGGGACGGGUGCUCGGCAUCCGCUACAAGUGCAUGAUGUGCCCCGACUUUGACCUGUGCGCGACCUGCGAGAAGAAGGGUCUCCAUGAAGAGCAUGACAUGAUGCGCAUCUGCACGCCACGCCAGGGCCACAGCCCGCACAUGCCGUGGGCGGACUUCACCCCGCCCCAUUGGUUCCGCCAUUGGAUGCGCGCUGCUCGUGGUAGAGGCCGUGGUCCGUGGAAUGGUUGUGGAGGUCCUGGUAUGCAGCAUGGUCCACAUGGAGUGCCACCGGGAGCAGCCCCCCCAGCAGAUGGAGCCACCCCUAACAAGGGCGCAGAUGGUGUAGAUGCUUCAGCUGAAGAAUAUCUAAAAACUGUCGGCGAAAAUGUUGCCGCCAUGUUGGAUCCAUUGGGCAUCAGUGUUGACAUCGACGUCGAAACAAAUGGCAGGCGGAUGGGAGCCGGGCACUGUGGUGGCCCACGUCAUACACCCCAGUUUCCCGGUGGCCAUGGUCCUUGGCACGGCAGAGGUAGAUAUGCGCAUUGCACUAGGAAUGCGGGGAAGGGUAAAGAAGAAACUAAACAGCCUGAGCCGGAAGAGAAGAUGGAGACUGGCGAAGGAAGCCCCAAGAAGGCCAAGCAGGUCCCACAGAAAAAUGCUGAGGCACCGCAACCUGCCCAGCAAACGGCUACAGCCGAAACAGGCACACCUCCUGAGGAUAACAAUGGUUGGACCCAAUUGACUGAUGAAGAAAUUAAACAACUCGGUAGUGCAGUCCAGGAAGAGAUCACCACAAACAAGGCUCAGGGAAGCACAGAGCAGCCUGCCACGGCCGAGACAGAUGAUAAAGAGAAGCAAGCAGGGACAGCACAAGCAAAUCUGAGUCCAGCCGCCUCCACUGAACAGCAGUCGGGGCAGAUGUACCCCAACAUUUUGCAGUUCGUUACAACUACAAGUGGUCCACAGCAGCCAGCCAAACCGAGACAUGCAGAUCCGAGAAUUGCUGUAGCACUGGACCAAAUGUUUUCAAUGGGCUACGUUGAUGACAAUGGAUGGCUGACACAUCUACUGGAGGCAAAGAGUGGUGACAUCAAUGCUGUGCUGGAAGCCAUGCAGGGAAACCGCACUACCAACUGAAUCAGGGGGACAGGCUUGAAACGGACCUGCCAUGCUUUAAUUUCACAAGUCCUCCCUAUAAUCCCGUAAUCAAACUCAGUGCACGGAUAUUACGAUGUUCUUUUUUGAGGCCGCAAAAUUCGGAUGAGGGCUAGCUAUCAGGGUUUAUCAAAUUUAAUAUGGUAAUUAUGUUUUUGGAUAAAAACUGGUCUGGCAGGUCUGUGUCAGUACUGGCCUGGGGAGCAACCAGCUUUAUCUCACACCAGCGUUUAUGCUACAUGUACUAUUCAACAACAGGUGCUUUGGCGAUUUGACACCGACGUGGUGACAUCCAGCUUGUUGCUCCCUCUAACACGAUAUUAAUCGAUAUUUAUAUUUUACUGGUGUGCGGUUAGCUAAUAGCUUAUGUGCCACUUAUAUUGUAAGCGGUGUCCAGUAAGUUGCGAGUGGUUGUUGCUGCUGCGCGGCAUCACCAAUACGAAAGGUUUUGCACCGAUCCAGUGUGUCUAGGCCAAUGGCCGAAGCUACAAAACUAGACACGUGUGUGCUGGGCAUCGCAUUAGAUGUGUUACGUGAAGUGAUAGUUUGGUUUCAUGUAUCUACCUCUGUUUACUUGCUUGUUACCGUUCAAAAACGCAGCCUCGGUUCGUGCUCGACCCAACACAUAAUGGUAAUAUAAUCUCAGUUAAGGCGCAAUCGAUAUCAGUUGUUCAAAGUUUAUCACCGAUUGUUAAUCGUUGAAAGUAUUAAAUUCAAAAAUAAAGAUAAUUUGAUCAACUUUACGACCAGCUACAUUAAUAAGUAUUACUAACGGUAAAAUUCUGGUGCAUAUAUAAUAUAAUGAUGUCGUGUAAUCGAUGCAUCACGUACUACAAAUGUACUUUAUUAUAGUUGUGUGCAUAUUGUUCAUUAUUGUGUAUUUAACGGGCAAGGCCAGUGCGACUAAUAAAUCAUUACGACUGGAAAAUCUA